GGCACGGUGUUAUCUGUCAAGCUCAUGCAGAGUUGAAAGUCUGACGAUACACACAUUUUUUUUAUCCUCAUUCUCGCAACGUUAUAUCAACCGCCUAAUCUCAUAUUCACUAUUUACGAUUGCAACUCCCAUUGACAUCUCAACCAUCUUGCCAGUCAGUGAAGAAAGAUUGUGUUAAAAACCUCAGUAUUCCAAAAUGUGAAAUUAUUCAUCACUUUUUCAUAUAUAUUCCGCAAAUAUUUGGUGAAACAGAUACUCUUUCUUGCGCAAUCGAGGUCGAGACUAAAUUUUUUAGUUCUUUCUCAACGACCAUUUUCUCCAUGACCGUCAUUGUAUCCCACUUGUAAUGAGUGUGAAUCUUUAAGCUUUGAUUUUGACAACUGACCCUUCAGGAUGGAGGACAUUUCAUAGGUGUAAACCCAUUUUAUCCAUUUAGUGAAAUCAUGAAACCUGACGGUUCAUCGUUCUACACGGAAAUGUCAAUGAAGUGAAACUGAUUAUGAAACAGAUGAAUCGUUGAUGAAGUUCUACUUACUUGAAGUUGAUGAAUUUUUUUGACAUUUCGAAUGCCAGAAAAAAUUUGAAAAAUGUUUGAAUCACCGAGAAGCCUCGAGGAAGUGUGUGUAGAUUUUAUCUGUGACAAUGUUCUUGCCCUCUGCGAAGUACAGCUUGGUGAUUCUGGCGGCACUAAUGUGAGCACCUCAGCUGUUGUAGAUAUUGAAGAUCGAUCGAAUGGUUCUGCUAUCGAAAACAACGUUUCUGUAUCAUCUGGAACAUUGACAAACUCCCCCAUCAACAAUUCAACACAUGAAACCGCAACGAGAUUAAGUUUCAAAGAUCCCGAUGUAUUUCUACCAGCUGAAAUAUCUGAACAACUAUUGGCGAGUCUCUGUGAGAAAAAAGCUUUAUCUGAUCUGACCAUCACUCUGUUCGAUUCAAAAACAACGAGAUUGAGAUAUGUGAGACUGAAAGACGCAUCCAACCUCUCUACUAAAGGAUUGAAAGUGUUGAAACAACACAAGGUCGUGGAUCUGGAAGUAAAGGGACUGAAGAUCACUAUAAAUGACUUGAUAAGUUGUCUUGGUGAAUGGAGUUUACAAAAUCUUCGGUCGUUGAGUGUUGCCAAGGGAAGCUUCAUAGAUUGUUCUAG